AUGGCCCCCAACUGCAAGGGUCCAGCAUCAGCCACGGCAGAACCUCAGCCUAGUCUUAGCGCCGUCAUCCUGCACCGCAGCUCUCCGAACAUGUCCUCUUUGACUACCUCGCUUUCCAAACACAAACUCGCGAUAGACAAGUACAUUCCAUCUGUCGCGAGAGACACCAGACGCCAGCGCACCAUUCCUGGCGGGAGCCAGAACACGAGACAUCAGCCGGCCAUGGCUCACGACUGGACCACCCCCAGCGCCCCGAGUCCCUCAGCGCUCCUGGCAGUAACUUCCGUCUUCACAGUGACAUCUAUAUUGUCCGUGACGCUUCGGUUCUACGCGCGACGACUAGCGCGGCUAGAUCUACUUGCGGAUGACUGGCUGGCGCUUGCUGCGCUGCUAUUCACCCUGGUAUACAAUGGUACUCUACUAGCGGGAACAUCCCGCGACGUCAUCGCAAACUACACCCAACCCACAGCUCAGACUGAAGUCCAAGCAAAGAAAUACCAACUCGCCCUGCAGAUCAUCGAGAUCCUCGCCCUGGGGCUGAUAAAACUCAGCUUCCUUACUCUAUGGAAACGUGUCUUUAGUACCCACCCUAUUCAUCGACUAUGUACUAUCCUCAUUGCUGCCGUGACACUAUGGGUCGUCGCCUUCAUCCUAGCAACGAUUCUCCAGUGCGGUAGCCAUGUUCCCAGUAUAUGGUUGUCAGAGGCUGCCAAUGACAGUAACACCUGCGCAAGCACAAACAGGGGUACUCUACUGACCCUAUAUACAAUCACGGAUCUAAUUACAAACAUACUAAUCACUAUCAUUCCCAUCCCUGUUAUUGCGGGGUUGAAGAUGUGGAUAGGGAGGAAAAUAGGCACGAUAGGGCUUUAUAUUGUGGGGAUUUAUGUAACCGCCAUUUCUAUCGCCAGGACAUAUUUCACGAUUGUUGUCUCGUACAACAACGAGGAGGAGAGCAGGUCAUCAUUUAUGCAUAAUCUUAGCUUACUGGCUCUGUGGGCUAUGGUUGAGGUGAAUGUGGGGAUCCUGGCUGCAUGUAUUACGGUUGUCAAGAAGGGGGUAAGGAAAGUGUUUGCUGAUAAACGAGAGAAGAAGUUUCAUAUGUUGUCCGGGGCUGCGUUCAAGGGGGACCAUGAUGGUGUGGCCAAUGAAGGAGGGACGAGGUUCUUGGAUGGGAGUGGGGAAAGGGAUGGUACUAUGUAA